UCAUAGCUCAUUAAAAAAAGUCAUUUGGAACCUUCAACCUUACCCAAAACACUUCAGUUUCCCUACAAGCCACUUUAGAUAUUGCAUUUAGAUGCAAUUUACAUGAAGGUCAUUGCAUUUAGGCUUCAUCUGUAAAUAUACUGUUUCCUUGGGAUUCUUGAGUCCCAGGUAAUGUUUGUGACAGUGCUGGCUAAAAGUUGGGAGCAGCAAGUAGUGAAAGAUGCCUGGAAACUAAGCCAGCAGAAUCUCACCAAGGUGCUAAUGAAAAUAGGCUCAGGUUAUGAGGAGAGACCUAUCAAACAUUUUCUGCAGUGACUGAUGGUUUCAGAGACGGUGUUAGACUUGCUGCUGCCAGAGGAAAUGAACGGGAUGUUUACAAAGCUAUUUCAGUGUCGCUUUUCCUGGGCUUCCCACCAACAGCUUUCUUUCCAACACCUUGGUACAUAGUGUUCAAUGCCAUGAGAAGAAUUACUGAGUCCUACCAGCAUUAAUCAUUUUGCUUCCUGUUUAUUUAGGCUUUGUGGCCAUGCUUUCCAAAAACUCUGUCCUCCCAAGGUGGUCAUCAAGCCUCUAUCUUUAAGAAUAUUAAAAAAAGAGAGAUCUGGUAAAAGGAAGGCUAUAUUUUGUUUGGAAGUAAAUGAGAAAAUAUUGUGUAUUUGUGUAAGAGUGUGUCAAAUUUGAAGAAGUGCAAGAGCCACAUAUUACAUCCAGUCAAUGUACAGACAGGCACUGCAACCUCAGAUAUAACUCACUAAAAGGGAAGCAGCUGCCUUAGUUCCACUUGUCACUCGCUCUGGACACAUUGGACAGCCUGCAUUUCUCCAAUGCAGUAAAACAGCUCCUAUUUUCUCCUGAUCCAAGAAAGAGGAAAUCUGCAGAGAGGUCCAAAUUUAAACGCACAUAUGGAUACUGUCUCCCUCUGAAGUUUCAGAAGGAGGCAUUCCACAGGGGCUAGACUACACACUGCCAGAGUCUUCUUGAGGAAGGAGACUGGGAAAGGUAGAGGGUACAGUUCAUCUGUGAAGAAUAUGAUGAAGAUCUGGUUGAUACUGUUCAUUGCCUCUAACUUAGAUGAUAUCACUGCAGACAGAUAUCAGCCCUUUGGUGCCAAAAGCCUAAAUUCAACUUAAUGACCUUAGCUUGCGGUCAAGAUUAGAGGGACACUAAAUUGUAGACUUUUUUACUCUUUAAUGUUGCAUAUUCUCAGGCCCUUGGCUUGGUUUUGAGGCUGGAAUUACUCCCUCAUUAGACUCAGAAUUCAUUUUGUCUUUCAGUCUACACUGAUGAGAAGCAUACAGUAUGCUGCAUCCUGCUUUGCUGUCUUAGCACAUUAUACCAGAGUCCAAGAGUCUCCACUUGUGUUUGCUUUUGACUCAGAAAUUGUUGUUCUCCAAAUCCCCUGCACCUCCAAGCAAGGAAUGGAAUUUCAAGUUACAUAGUUGGUGCCUGAAGAAUUCCACUCUCCUAAACAUAGCAAUUAUUUAUGUGACUCCAGGGACCAUGAGAACAGAACUCUCAUCUACAAUAAUUUCAACUCUUUCUCCCAGCUGACAGUAAACUGAGGAAGAAGUGGUAAAUAUAAAAAAUUAUAAAUGUUAUCUUACUUAUUGCAGAUCAAGAUAAAUUUUGGGGAGACAGAAAGGAAAAGCAGCCUUCAGUGAGAGCAGAUAAAAGCUAAGAGGCUUUGCCUUAGCCGUGUAGUGAGACAUAGCACCUGCACAGACCGUGUGGUGCAACAACAAACAUUAUCAUUCCAAGAUUUUCUAGUAGCCAUCUCUUAAAUUGCACUGGUGGAUUUCUUUCAAGAAUCAGCUAUGAUCCCAGCAAGUCCGAGGAUGGGGUGCGCUUUCCUGAGCUGCUUCUGAUAGGUGAUGCCUCCUUGCCAGCAGUGCCAUCAGGAUGUCAAGUGUUCCAAGACAGUAAGAAGAAAAAGCAGUGAGGCAGCCCCUUCUGAGAGCCUGUUCCUCAAAUUUCAGUGGAGAACACAGAGAGCAGCAAGGUCCCAAGGUGCUUAUCAAGGUGCUUGCCAGCAGGUAAAAACAUCAGACCUCAGAAGACUUGUAAACAGAUGGGAAUGGAAAGGUCACCUCCAAAUAAGCACAGAGGGAAACAUCCUGGAUCCCACCAUAUUCCUUAUGGACUGCAGCUCAGCAGAGCAGAGCAGGUAGAUGUAUUCACAUCUUCCAGAAAGAGCAGCAGGCCUGACUUGAUUCCAAAAAUAGUUUGAGUCAAUGUUGAUUUGCCAGAGCCUACUCACAACAGCUGUGUGCUCUAUGCUAGAGAGUAAUUUCUGGAGAUUUUUUUAAAAUAGGAGGGCCAUUCUGCCAGUGCAUGAGUGAACAGUUUUAAGUCGAUAUUUUGCUUCAGGAUACAUAAUACUGUCAUUAUUCCAGACAUGAAAAUUUGGCAGAGAGGACAGAAUCAGUAGCUUUUAAAAUAAGAAGUAUGUUUCUUUGUUCAGGCUUGCUUUUACGGUUUGGGGUAUUUUUGUAUGUUUUUAUUAAGAUCUGUAAAAUUACAAAACCACACUGCAGAAAGAAACUCCCCACCUUAUUUUUAAAGCAGUUAGUAUCCACAGUUUUGCAGAGCUUCUAGGCCCCCAUCUCCAGUAUAUCAAAGGGAGUGAGGAGAUGACAACUGAUAUUUUGUAAGGCUAAAAAUAUUGUGCCUUUUUACAUAACACUGGGAAUUUAAAAAGCACAUUAACUGCUUGCAGAUUAUUUUUAAAAAUGCAGUUUGAGCAACACCACUAGUAUAGAUUCAACUGACAUUUAGGAGAAGGAGCUUCACUGCUGGGAAAUGAGACAUUCAGUAGAGGAUGAAGUAAAUGUUUAAAAUAGGCAAAAUAAGACUCAGACUGCACCAAAGAUAUUCUCACCGUAAUAUGCAUCUCACAUUUAUGUCAUUGGGGGUGUCUUUUUUCUGAAUGCAUAUCAAGUAGCCUUUUUGACCUUCCAAAGCAACCUCCUCAAACCUCCCCUCUUGUCCCUACCUACCUGAUGAUGAGGAGCCUUCACAGUGUCAGUGUCACUGCCAGAGGUUCAACAAAUUCCUUUUUCACACUCCUGGAAAUUCCUUUCUUUUCUUCUCCUCACUCACUGGCAUCUGCUGAGCCCUUCCUGGCAGGCAGGGAGUGGGAAAGAGCCCCUUAUCUGAACUCACUGAUCUCCCCAUUUCCCUUGCUGCUGGAAAAGCCCCAGGCCAUGGCAGAAGAAACUGGAAUUUCAGAGCCUGGCCCAGCCUACCUCCAGUCUCACUCUGUAUGAGCAGGCAUUUAGCUGGCUCAGACACAAGGUAAGGACACACGAGGAUGCAGAAUGGAUUUAUGAAAGACACUUGCCGGGAGGGGGCUGCUGAGUGGGUGAAGUUUGUGACAGAUGAGGCAGCCCAGACUUGCUAGUUCUUUGGUGCUGAGCUGCAGUUCCAGAGAGUGCUGGGUCUCCUGCUGGAGUGGCAGGUGAUGCAUGGUCACAUGCAGUAGGUCACUGUGCUACAAAGGCGUGGGGGAGAUGCUACCAGAGCAAGCUGCACCACUACAGCUCCAGAUGGCAAGUUCUGUCCCAUGUCUUCCAUAAAGCCUUGAAAUGGGAACUGUACAAAAAUGAGAUCUUAAUAUAUCUAGAACUCAGCAUGACACUUCUGCAUGACUCUGCAUAAAAACCAAAAAGGGAUGAAGAUGCUGAGAGAAUAUCAUACUUCCUAAAAACCUGCAAACCAGGACUGUUGUUCUGAAAAACCAUGAAGUUACAAAUUCUUAAGAAAAACAAAUGGAAGGCAAAUAUCUAUGUAAGGUGAGAAAAGAAUUACAAACACUUGAGUAUUGAAAAUUUAUUUCUGUAUCAAUACUUCAAAUCCAGGUGUUAUACAGAAAGCUGAUUGCAUUUUAAUGAAAUACUGCCAAACUAAGCAAGGUCACACAGCAGGAUCUUUGCAGCAAAGCAUGCAUGUGAGUCCUGUCUGUUGUUAAGUUACAGGUGGCCCACUCUUUGCCAGGGCUUUAUGUGCUGGGAAGAUCUCCCCACUGCAGAAAUUCUAAUUUGUUUCAGAAAUUUUUUUUUAAAUUUCACCUUGUGUUGAAAUAAGUGUGUUUUUAAGGUAUCUUAUGAACAUCAAGGUAUUUCAUUCCUCUGGGUAAGAUUGUCCCUAAUUUGGGAUGCUCUGCCAAAUGUUCAGUUUCCAAUAGAGGACACCAGGAUGUCCCAGGCAUGUGUCUCUACUAUGGCAGCAUAGGCUAAUCUGAGAAUUCACCAUGAAGAGGAGAGGAGCAAAUAUUCUAUGGUGAAAGAGGAGAAAAUAAUGGCGCUCACCAUUACAUCUCUUCAGCCAUAUGGGAUAAAAUACCCAGGAGGAGUUUUUGAUAAAUGCACUAUUGAGGGUGUGGACUGAUUAGUUCUAUCUCAGCACUGAACUAAUAUGCUCCCCUAAAGUUUUUUUAUGGUCUCUGGGUGCAGGAAGAACAAGAUCAAACUUGCUGGGGUGUGCAUGUAGGUAAGCAUGAGCUUAUAUCACAAUACGUAAUGCAAACACAACCUACCUCUCUCCACCUGUUAUCCCCUCAGUUGAUUCACACAGCCUCAAAUAUUUUCCCAGCUUGAAAGGACCCAGCCUUUCACUUACAUGAGAUAAGUUGCACCACUUUCAGGAUCUGAACUACACUGGCACUGCUUUUUUUCCUUCUUUAAAACCUCAUAAAAAAACCUUUCUGUUUGUCUUCUGCAGCAAAGGAGCUCUGAAGAAACAACUGCAUGAGUCAUUUUGCUAUCUCAUUUCCUUUUUGGUCCACACGAAAAUCCUAUCAGUAGCUAAUACAGCUUGAUGUAGAAUUAACUCUUAUGGCAUCUACUACAUUACCUCCAUGAAGCAAUUACUGAGAUCUCUGCCAGAAGUAGCUUUUACUGGAGAAUCCAAACUGCCAGUGGCAGGAGGCCAGCGCUGAAGCACACUGGAGCAACAGCCCCUGCAGGACGAUUCCUGCCUCUAUGGAUCUGAUACAGAUUCUAUUUUUGUAAACAUCUCCUACUCAUGAACUUCACAGGCCUCUGCAUAUUUUCCACAGCUGAAGACACAUCGUGCAAGAAGCAUGUAGGAAGUUUCUCUAUGUCUUCUGUGAUAGUAGCUGGUCACAAGGUAUUACAUAAGGAUUUUAAAAAGGAUCAGAGAAGGAGAAGGUGGACAUUCAUUCUCCAGUCUUUUCAUGGGAUGACAGACAUGGUUGCCAGUGAUACCUCUGAGGAAUAGGCAAAAGGAAGACAUUUUGCAUUAUUUGGUGCUUGGUGAUGUUUACUUGAAAGUGGGACAUCAGUUGGCAAGAUAUAUAUUGUUUUUUCUUUUUAUUUUAGCUGGUUUUAGUGGUAGCUAAGGAAGAUAACAGGGGCACAUUACCUACUGUGAUAUAAUCUGCAUCCGUGAUAAUUAAUUGAUGAAAAGAAUAUAUUUACUCAGCAGGUAAGACAGUGACAAUAGCUUUGUAUUUUAUAAGCAGUGUUUCUUUGGAAGAUGCUGUUCCAGUAUUUAUAAUUUAUAAGAUCUUUAUAUUUAUAUAGAGAUAUAGGGAACAUCUGGUGGAACAGAUUUAAUAGAUUCAUCAAUGGCUUAUAGAAAAUAUGAACAGCUGUCUCUUAAAACACAAACAAACAGUUAAUUUACAGCAUAAGCUGGUCUUCAGGGACAUGAUGGAAGCCUCAGGGUAGUUUAGAACAAGUUGCUAAGAACUAGACUAGUUCAAAAACUGCUUUGCUGUGUGCUGUUAUCAGCCCCUCUAUCAGGCUAGUGACUAUGAGUCACAAGGUGACUAUUUUUAGAUUUGCUGGAAUUGUGUUUUCCUCCCCACCCAUCCCUGCCCAGACUUACAGUGACCACUCUGUGUACAGGGCAUGAGGGAAGAGAGGCAUGGAUCCUUGUCUGUUCCCAAUUCACCUUGGCAUACAACCCCAGAAAUAGGUGGUCCUCCCCUAGGAGCACAUGCUUAUUGCUUAUGGUUUCUCAAUUUCUCUGUUGAAUUCGUUGCAAAACUGCAGGAACAGAGGAAGUCAAGGGAUCUUUAUGUGGCACUUCCUCCAGCAGCAUCCUUGACCUAGUUUGGGCAGCACUGAAGCUGUGUUUUGCAAACAGAAGUUGCUAAUGGCAGUGACCUACAGAACACAACAGGUCAAACAUUCCUUCCCUUUUGCCAGCACAGCCCUUCACAACAGGGGCUGUGGAAGGGGAGAUUUUCAGAUCUGCAAUAAACAGAGGGGCACAUAAUUUCAUCCAUCAUAAAAAUAAAUUAGGAAGUUGCAAGGGGCUGUUUCCUACUUCUCCUUUCUUCUGAGGUACCCACCUUUGUAAAAAAAAGAUCUAUCCAUGUUUCUCUCUAGAUAUUUAAAUACCUCUUUCUCCCAAACCUGUACAAAAACUUAGAUUUGUGAAGAUCUUUCAGACCAGCAUUUAAAUCAGCACUUAUCAAAAAAAUUUUGUACACCAUUUCCUACAUAAAAUUGCAGCCUCAUUGUUUAAGAACCAACGCACAAUGCUCAGAGAAAAUAUCCACAGCCUGUCAGAAAGUGUAUUUCAAAGAAAACAAAACUGUUUAUGUUCUGUCAUUUACCUCCAGUUCCUUGAAGCAGCAGUGGGAAUGCUGUUGCUCAUGAAAGUGCAAGGACAAAAACUGUGGGGGACAGUUAGAUUUAUGUUCUGUUUCAGUCCCUUGUUCAGAGAUUCAGUCUUGUCACUUCCCUCCUACGAGAUAAUUCUUAUGAAAUCACAUUCUUAUUAAACCAUGUAUUUCUUCAAAAUGUAAAAUACCUACUUUUCUUUUGGUGUUAUAUGAUAAACAUUUUUACUGAUUUUAAAAAGUUUGUUUUCUUUAUAAAAACUAGAAACUGUUCACUGACGAUGAAUUCCUUAUUACAUAGAACCCACUGCACAGAAGAGCUGAGCAACUGAGUGAAAGCUGAGUCUUAACGAAAUCUUCUCAACUUCUAAUGAGAAUGAAAUUGACUUUUAAUAUGGAGAUUUAUGUAAAUAUAAAUAACACAUAAUGUUAUGUAAACAUGAUAGAUAAAGGUGUGAUUAAGAACCAAAAGAUGGUGAAGAGUUUAUCCUUUCUUUAAGCUGACUAUAUUAGAAAUGAGAGAUGAAGCAUGGCUCUAGGUGCCAAGACAGGUAUUGCUUCCAGCAGCUAAGUGAUAUUGAUUUCAAAUUAAAAAAAUGAGGGAGCUGGUGGCAUUCAGGACAUGUGAGACAGCCACAAGACAGACCAAUAAUUCUGUGGAGUGAAUGAAUGGACACUUGGGUAUAAUCCUUCUUUCCAGUUCUUUUUUUUUCUGCUGUGUAUGUCUGGAAGCAGCAUGAGUGCUUGCCAGAUCCUGUGUAAACUACCACCUCACUAAAGCAGCAACAGACAAACCCAUGAAGAACUGGAAAGCAGCUUUUCAGGCAGGGUAAGUGCUAGGACUUGCUCACCUGCCUGUGGAAUCACACCCUGGGGCAGAAGUCGGAGCAGGUUGAUGUAGAUGAUAUUGUAGCUUAAUGAAAGGAAAGCCAAAUGUACAUUUUCUAGGACUUGGGAUAUGACUUUGAGCUUGAGAUAAAGCGAUAGACAAGCUCAGGGGGAAUAAAGAAAGAAGAGUCAAUGUGACUUGUCUGAAAUCUUCACUGAAAAGGAAACCACAGCAGAGUUCACUCAGUGCACAAAAAAGGUUCACAGAGGAACAGAUUUAGAUUUGGUGGGUGGGUGAGAGGGAGAGGGGGAUUAAAAUGAAACUAGACUCUCUGAACAGAGGAAAAGAAAUUGCCCACAGCUGUGUCAGUAAUACAUCUUCUUAGGCCAGGAUGAGGUGCAAAUGCUGUUUGGUGGGGUUUGGUGAAACUGCUGAGGACAGCUGUCCUGAUCGAUCAGUCCACAGGAGACUGUGGGUGACAGCAGCUGGCUGGGCAGCCACCAGCUUAAAAAACAUUUACCCAAAACAGGACUUUUGUCUUAAUAUACCACUCUUCCCAUUGCAAUCUGCUUUUGCUUCCCUUUUCUUAGCCUCUUUAGAUCUGCUUUUUAGAGAUGGUGAAACACCUCUAGUUAACAUACUGCCAGGCCCAUUGUUUCCCAGUGCUUUUACAACCCAGGCUAGAAGAGUGUAGACAUGUCAGGAAAAGUAUCUUUAGUAAGUCAUUCAGAAAAACGAGAUGAAAACUGAUAGGUUUGGAAAUAUAUGGGGGAGGUGGAAGGAGUGAAAUAGGGAAAGAACUUGGAAAAACUUCAGCCUCACCAGGGAUCUAAUGCAUGGUACCCAGUGAUAAGCAUUGUAGCAGCAGAGCAGACUGGCCUCGGGCACCAGAGAGGAGGGGACUCUGAUCUCUUACACUUCAGCAGCGUCAUGUUCACCAUACAUAGUAAUACCUUCAAUAUCACGAAGAAGGAAAAAGAUAAAAUAGCUGCCUAUAUUCAGACCGUGGUUUUGGGUUUUUUCUCUGCCUUUAUCUUUCCUGCGUAGAUUUUAUUUUGUAAAUUGAUUUUAUCUGAGUAUACUUCCUGCUUAUUGUUUCAGAGGGUCAGGCAAAAUAUGUUCUGUCUGAAGCCCUUUUUUUCCUUAUUUUUUUCCUUCCUUAGGCUGACUGUAAGAUGUGAAUGGAAAAAUGAAUGAACUUACCUAUUCUUUGGAACUGCUGUUAAUGAAGAAUGAUCAGCCGUCUUGAGUGACUUCUCAGCAAUGCUGACAAAAAUGGAAUUCUCCAAGCACGAGGAUGAGAUCAAAAUGGAUCAUAUGGGAUCAGCAAAAUUCAAUUUGCCAUUACUAGAGAUGGGUGGAAGGAUGCUGGUGAGAUCGGAGAGACUUUUUGGGCGAAGGAGACACAAAGGACCAGGAAGAAAUAGUGAGCAUUUCAGAGUGUGAAGGUGGACGGACCAGACUGGAGAGAGUCCGUGGUGCUGGGGAAGCGGGCCAGGAGGACACUGCCUGUUGAUGGUGCCAUCAGGAAACGAGGUGAUUGCAGUAGACUGGAAGGGACUGAAAGAUGUGGACCAAAUCAAUAUGGACAGCACGAGUUCACUGCAUGGCAGCAGCUUCCAUCGACCUUCCACUGAGCAAACACGGACGGAUUUCUCCUGGGAUGGUAUCAAUCUCUCCAUGGAAGAUACGACCUCCAUCCUUCCCAAGCUGAAACGCAACUCCAAUGCUUAUGGGAUUGGGGCUUUGGCUAAAUCAUCUUUCUCUGGCGCCUUAGGGAUAUCCCGCAGCAUGAAGGACCACGUGACGAAGCCGACGGCCAUGGGGCAGGGCCGCGUGGCGCACAUGAUCGAGUGGCAGGGCUGGGGCAAGGCGCACAGCCAGCAGCAACAGCACACGCACGAGAGCGCGCGCAAGGACGCCGACGCCUACUCGGACCUUAGCGACGGCGAGAAGGAGGCCCGCUUCCUCGCAGGGGUGAUGGAGCAAUUUGCUAUUUCUGAAGCAACUCUCAUGGCCUGGUCCUCCAUGGAUGGUGAGGAUAUGAGUGUAAACUCAAAUCAGGACAACCCAGCAGGCAACUACUCUGAGAACUAUCAGGAGCUGAUGGAGAGCCAAGAGCACAUGGCCCAGACGCAGUAUGACAGCUGGCCUCACUCCUACGUCUCGCAGGGCAUGUACUGCUUGGGCUCCUCCGAUGCCUGGGAGGCCAGUGACCAGUCCCUCAUCGCCUCCCCAGCCACUGGCUCCUACCUAGGCCAGAAUUUUGAUGAGUCCCAGACAAACCUUCAGGAAAGCAUAUUGCUUCAGAGCAGCUUUCUCCAGCAGCAGCAGCAGCUGCAGCAACAGCGGCAGGAGCAGAACUUCAUCCAGAGCACGGGGCUGGUCCACGUGUGGCCCCUGCAGACUGCUCAGGGCGGGGGAGGAGCUGAGUCCAGCACGUACAUGGAGGACCACAUUGAGGAUGAAGGGAACCCAAGGCUGGAGAAGGCUCCUCUCCUAAACAAGAAGCCCUCUCCAGAGGAGGAUGAUGCAGUGUGCCGGGACCUGGAAUCUUUGUCUCCUCGAGAGGAGAUGGAACAUGCUGCACUGAGCCGCAAAGUCUCAGAUGUCACCUCCUCUGGGGUGCAGUCCUUUGAUGAGGAAGAGGGAGAAACAAACAACUGAUGCUUUCUGUGAAGUACUCAUCAUUGCUGAACAAAGAGAGGGGUGGCAAGGAAUGCAAUUACAGGGAUUCUUCUCUCCAGCUCCCCAUAUUUCCAAGCAGACACACCUUCCAUUCCUGACAUUUAAUUAUUUUUUUAAAUGAGGAAAAUCUCAAAGUGAUUGUCACAAAAACCUUUUCUUCCCCUCCCCCAUGGACACAUAUUUUGGAUUUUCAUUGCUCUGGGCAACAUGUGAUGUGCUUGGAGAGAUCUGGAUUGGUAAAUAAUUUCUAAGUCUUUUUAACAUAAAGUCUUGGCUGUGGAUAUAAACUCUUCUGGUACUGGGGAUGUGGCUGAUGAGAUAGGCUUGGUGUAGGGAGCAGCUUUGUGGCUAGAAUUCAUCUUGGCAGAAUGGACAUUGCUCUGUGGACUUGGCCCCCUUCUAUGUCGUAGAAUAUAUGAAUAUAAACUGGUUUUAAAUGAAGCUGUGGCUUUGCAGAUCUAGAUUGCACUAGUGUUGGGAUUGUGGCUGAUGCAGAGGAUCAGGCCAUGAAGGAUGUGCUGUGCAACCAGAUCCUCAGUAGCACCUUGAUACAAACUGUAGGGUUGAUGGGUACGAGCUGUGCUCCCAGAACCCGGCCUGUGCUGCCAGAGUGGCUCUGUGGGCACGGCUCUGCUGUGGCAUGGAGAAAUGGGUGCAGAUACAAACCUAACCCUGCUCUCAGAUAUUCAUGCUUCGGUCUCUUCCAUUUGUUUGUUUCUUUCUUUGACAUUUCUGCCUUCCCAGGAGCUGGCAAGAGCGGUUUGUCCUUUUGGCAGUGGGCACUGGAAGCCAGUGGAAAGGACAUUUUCAGCUAUGGAGACAGUCAUAAAAAGCUGACUCUUGCAGGGGGCUUGAGGACAUGCCCAUUUUGGUGGUGCUGCUGUGUCCUUCUGUCUUUUCCUUGCCAGCAGAAUGGGGAGACCCAGAGAGUAGGCAGCAGGUCCAGGGACAGUGCAUACAGCUAUGAGAUCACAGAUACCUAGUUUACAUUACAGUUUUCAGUUUUUGCACUUUUUUUUAACCUUUUUAUAUUCUGGAGAAGUGUUCAUAACAAAGCAGUUAGUAAUGGGAAAGGCCUGUACUCCAGUCAUGACUUAACAGAAAUACUGCACCUCUCCCAUUUCUGCCACUCCUGCAGUGCCAAAUAUAGCUGGAUGAAAAGGGGUGAGAGGAAAUUUUCUCCUCCUAUUUGUCUUCUUCUUCCUGCCUAUGUUUUCUUCUUUUGUUUUCCUGCCCCCAAGCAGUGUAAAUAAUGCUCAAUACUUGGUCUGUCUGUUUUUCCUUCCCAUCUCUUUUUUAGGUGUGGAGAAAGCUGAUUUCAGGAGUUUCCCGUAUUUGUACGGGGUAUAUAUUUUUUUGUUUUAAAAAAACAUGAUUCUCUGAUUAGGGGGAAUUUGGUAUCUUGCAAUUCCUUGCCAUUUUUUCACAGACCUCCUUUUGAGAGGGAAAGGUUUUGAAAGGAAAUUGUUUCACUUCCAGCUCUCACCGGAAAAUAAACAGGGACAACAAAAGCAAAAAUUGUAUAAGGUUAUUGAUUUUGCUGGAGGACUGAAUAGAACCAGCAGAGAUUACCCAAGUGCUGAGUUUUAAUUGCAAGACCUCUUGCAAGGAAGCAUCAGCAGAGCAUGGGUGUAGAUCAGAUGCUGGAUCUGAUGAGCUAUAGAAAGGAAUUUGCCUGGACACUGCCAUACUGUUCCAAGAGCAACUCUUUUCUCACUUACUCUGACUCAUAUUUGCUCUGUUUAAUUCAUGAUACAUUUGUCUCUUCUUUGCCUCCUCUUCAGGCUUGGUGUGUUUUUUGGAUGACAGGAGAGUGAUACAUGCUUCUUUCCUGCUUCAGGUUCAGUUCCUGCAUAUUUUCAGGGAAGAAUGUCUAAGGCGAACAAAAUGUCUCUGGAGGAAUAUCAUCAAGUCUCAGAGUUUAGACAGCUCCUGGCAAGCAAAGCAAAUGAUGUCCAGGAAUUGUGAAAAGUAGGAAUGGGACUCUCAGGAAGAACACCCUGAUCAGCUUUUUCCCACUGACACAGGCAGCUGCAAAAAGAGGGACUCCUUUUUCAAUACCCAGGUCUUUCCAGCCAAGUCCACUUCAAGCAGAUCUGUCUUCCCUCUCCACUGCACCUCUAAAGGAAAGACCUCUGGGAUGUUAAAGUUACACUGGUAAUUUGGUGUAGGUAAGAGAGAAAAGUUUUUGCGACCCAUCUUUUUUUAUGUGUUUCCUUGGUCUUGCUUCUGCAUUUCUAAGGAGGUCGCUCUUCUCCUGAGUGAUGAGCUUUCAAUAUCUCUUCAAAGAUGUUUACACAUUGAGGUACUAACCUCCCCUGGGCAGCAAGGCUUGAUAAAAAUGAUCUCCUAUAGUUCUUGCAGGGCCAUUGGGAGCUCAUUGUCCUGAACUGGCUUGGGUCCAGCUGUGGAGCAGGGCCUGGGAAAUCACACUAGCCAGAAAAGGCAGAUGGGGCAAGUGCCAAGAGCACUUCAGCAGAUGAGUAAAUGAGUAAGUUUAAAGCUAUUUCUCUUUUAAAAGGUCUUUAGGGAAACAAAAAUGGUUGGGUGUGUACCUUUGUGGGAGAUUUGGGUGGCUUGUUUGUUUCUUUCUCCAAACCAUUUUGUUCCCAUGUGCCUCUCCAGGACCAAUCUGGAUGUUUACAGUAACUUUCAGAGUAGCUUCUGAUCAUCCCUUUGUGUUGUUUACAGGCUGGGACAAGUGGGUCAACUUGUCCAGGGCUUCUUUUUCUUUAAGAUGGACAUGUGGUACAUUUACCAAGAUGUCUGAUUGAUGUCUAAAAGAUAGACCUUAUCUCCAUGGAAAGCAGUGACAGGGAGUUACCUACAUAAGGAAAAGUGUGUAAAAAUUGACCAUAUAGAAAAUUCUGUGGAGUCCAAUAGGAAGAGAAAAUCUGGAGAUUCUUCUAGCCUCUGUGGAAUUGGGAUAAAGAACUAUACCCUACUUUAUAGUACCAUAACCUGCUGUCUUAGAAACCUGUAGAGAGCCUCAUUCUCUAUGAAUGCAGACUGGUUUGAAAACCACUCUCUGUAAAAACCUUCCAGCUUACUAAAUUCUGUAAUUUUUUUUCAUAAAUGACUUAACAUUCUGUGAACAAUAAAAUUUCAGCCUUUUCCUGAAAGUAAGAAAAAGGCUAUUUUCCAUACCUCUCCACAGUCCAAAAGAGCUAAUUGCUAGGAGUCUGACUAGAGAGAGCAGAUCUUCCAGUUCACACUUACCACCCGAGUGAGCAGCCUGAGCUGAACUGGAAAGGCAGUUUGAAUCUCUUUGAAAGUGCAAAAUUGUUUGUGUAAUCUGGUCCUUUCUUACAUAACAGGCCUGCUGCCUGUGUGUAUCCAGUACCAGAGAGAGAGACCUGGAACCUCCUGUACAUUUCCCAGAAAAGCUGUUAUUAUAUAGAUACACCUAUCCAAGCAUAUGGGAGGCACAGGUGCUCUGUGAGCGAAAUUUGGCCUGCAGUCCCUUUAUCCUGGUGAGGAGGGAUGAGUUGGAGAGAGUCCAGCCAAACAGUCAGAGCCCAAAUUGUGUUUGUGAGGCUGUAAAUAAGAAGGAAAGGUGAGCUCAGUAUCCCUGAUCUGCAGUUACUAAGAAACUGAGCUCUGCUGUUUGCCACAAACACAUGAAGCAAAGCUGCACUACAGAAAAUUUUAGAUAUUCUUGAAGUAGUGGAGAUAGAAGAUUCCCAUCUUUCCUCCAAGCCUUUGUCUUCAGCAGGAACUUGUUGAAAUUAUUGUGCUAUACAUGAAAUAAGGCUUAACCAGAAGUGACCCUAAUUUAAAAUCUUCUACUGGAAGAAAAUUCUCUCUUGUUCCUUCUCCCAUGAUUGCUCAUACCUGAUUAGUUAUACCCUUUCAUGAGCUUUUCUUUUAUAUAAAUCUGAAGCUUUCUUUACGAGCCCUCCGGGUUCUUUUCAAUUCCAUUACCUCAGGCUCUGGGACAGAGAAGUUUAUCUGCUUCUUUCAGUUUCUGUGCCUCUAAAUCAUCAUCCUCUUUUGGAGAGCUGCUGACAAGUCAUCCACUUGCUUUUUCCCCUUAAAAAAUGGUAACAUCACUUUUCAGGACAGGCUCGCUGCAGAGAGCAAGUUCAGCCAUGCUUCUAAGCUGAUCCAGUGGUGAGCUGCUUUGAAGGAAGGGGAGCUCUGCUCUGACAAUGCUCUCCUCCCACAGCCCUUGGGCAAACGCUGAUGCUCAGCUGGCCCACACCAAGCCAGGGACUUUUACCUUGCUAUAAAAGUGAAGAUAGAAGAGCUGUGAGCAGAGGGAGAGAGAGUGCUGUUCUCAGCAGCUGGCCUUCUUUUAUGUCAGGUUGGAGAAACUGGGAAAAGCACUUUGAAACGGCAUCUUCACAAUGAGUCUAAGCUGCUCAAAGGAGCUGUCCUGCCUCCUCUCUUCCACCACCACCACCAGCUCUGUACUUCUACUGCCUAAAAAGCACCAGCACUAACACUCAUUUGGCUGCUCAGGAACUGGCCCCAUUGAAAACUAACCCAGUCCCCUACCUAAAUAAAGGUUUCAGUGAGGUGAACUCUUCAUAUUGCUUCUCUUGGUGAGGCAGGCAUCACUGAGGGCUGGUGAAAUGUGUAGAUGGUCAUGUGGAAAACUGGUUGCAGAUGCAACUUGAAUUGGCAUAAGCUGAUUGUGAUAUGUCUGUCUGAAAAGAAUAAGACCCACUGGGGUACCAAGAAGGAAAUUAUUCCCCAUUUUCUUCCUUAGUGUUUUCCUUGGAAUUGUUAGUAUGCUCUUACUUGAUUUGGUCUUUGUUAUUUAUGCCCUGUUGUUUCCCUCACUGUUCCCUUCCACAGGCUCCUUUGAAGUAAACCCUGGAAACUGGGCAGGAGGACAUGAGUAACUUGAUAUAUGCAUGAAAUUAAUAAAAUUAACAUGCACAAAUCGUGUAUGCACUCAGUGAUCAAACUCCAUGGCAGCUAAAGAUACUGACAAGUCUUAUCCCGUAAUUGCAAGAGGGGAGACUUGUUUAAGAGUGAAGCAUAGCUGUUGGAAGGGAUAUUUAUCCCUAUUUUCAGGCCAGUUCCAGUCCAAUGUGAGAUACAGAAGAGUACUUCAUACCUAGGCAGAGCCUGUGCCUGCUGUACUGUGUACAGCAGCAAUGAAAAAUGUUCAAUGUAGCCUUGGAGAACUGGAGAAGGAAAGUCAUCUCUCUGUUUGACAGAGGUGGGAGGUGUUGUGGUGAGGCAAGGUUGUGUGCAACAGCACAGCCCUGUGCACCACUGUGUGUGGCAGGGAGGGAAAGGCUUGGAAAAAGGUCCAGAAAAGCCUGAUGUCUUUUGUUUACACAAAACAGGUAAGAAGCUUCAUGGCAGACUCCCAGCGGAGUGGACUGAGGUACAGAAUUGCUAAACAAGCUGUAAGUCCAGGAUUGUUGCAGCUUAUGGUACUCCUUAGUCCAAACCACACUUUUUUCUUGAGACAGUGAUAGGAAAGAGACCUCCCUGGAUUUGGGUACCUGCUAGCUUCUUCUUCGUUGUCUUCAAAAAAAAGCUCACAGUGUGUUCUGUUCUUCAGGGAAAUCGUAUGAGAAAUACACAAAAUAAGAACUUACUCCUUGCCCAAAUGAAGUUAGUGUGAGUUCUGAUCUCACUGGAGAGCCAAAAUACCUAAAUUCAGCUAAGUUUGCCUUAACUGUUGUAUUGAUAAUUGCCUAAAAGGAGAAGCAGACUCAGAUAACCUGCCUCUAAAUGCUAUAAAAAGCAGAGCAAUGUUGGCAAAGUCUAAGCUCUUCCUUCUAAUUUCUCCCAGGUGGAUUUUCCAGUGUUCCUUGUUCAGACAACUCUGGCAUAUCUUUUAAGUGAGCUGUUUGACUUUUUCUAAAAGAAAAAAAGAAAAGAAAGGAAAGAAAAAAAAAUUAAUUCCAAUACAGCGAUUAUCAGCAGCUUACAGCUAGAAAAAUGUAAAUAAGUAAUACUUUCAUCUUUGAUUUUCCUCCCCUGUAGCAAUCUGACAGGGAAAGAUUUCUAUGCCAUGGCUCAGGGAAAGGAAAAAUAAACAGGGAAAAUGUGAGUAAAAUGGUGCCUAUUCGAACUAAAUGUAUGUGUAGGACAGCCUACAGUCAUUAAAGCACAGUCUCAAAUACGGUUGCAAGCUGUCAAGUCAGUGUCAGGUGCCUCUUUCGUACCUUGGGCUUUUCCCAGGCUGAGUAGUAGUGAACCUGUGCACGAGCAGAAGAGCUGCACUUCUGUGCCAGAUCAGUGUCUCUGUGUCUCAGAGAAUGUCCUGGAGCCUGGGGACACCAUGCUCCCUGGGCAGCACAGCCAGCUCCGUGGAAUGACUGGGAUAAGGGUGAGGGUUACCAUGUUAACAAAUGGACAUGGGAGAUCUGCGCUUGCAACAUCAGGGUCUAUUUACAUCCUUGCACUGACAUUUUCCCCAGCAUAGGCAGACCAAAGUGUUAUUUUUUCCUUGAAAAUGAAGAGAAGCUCUAUGAUUGUCAUUGUUGGUCUGCACAAAAGGAAAGAAAUAUGUGCUGUAUUUUUCCAGUGCAGAUACACAUUGUUGGGAGAGGAAAAAUUUAGUUAGGCUGUGAUUCUGAGAAAGAGCAUGUUUGCUGAAACUGUAAAGUCUUGUUCAGGAAUGUUUUCAGUGCAGAUACCACAGAACCACAGAAUGGUUGAAAGGGACCAUCAAGUCCAACCCCUCUGCUGUGGGCAGGACCUACCCACUGAUGUGUAGUAGCUGCUGUCUUUUGGGAGGAGAGGGGUUGCAGUGUUCUGUGGAAAGAAUUCUCCUGCUAGGAUCUUCCUCAUCUCCUUCAGCUGGGGACAUUUUAAAUGCCCUCUGAAACCUAGUCUUGUUUUCGCUUUCCCAUAAGGGAUCAAAUGUCCAUGCUUGCAAGACAAAAACAUCUAAAAAGGCUUUUCUCCAUUAUGAGAUUGUGCAUCAAGAUUUGCUUCCAAUAAGAUAAAGGCAUGUAGUCCAGAUUCAUUGGCCUUCUGGAUUCAUUUUCAUUUGGCAUGGAAAUCCAGUCAUGAUUGGAUUGGAGGCCACAAGGUUAAGAAUCCUCUUCCAGAGCUCUGCCAUGUUCCCAUAAGGCAAGUGUAGGUGGAUUUCCCUUCUUUCCAGAUACUGCAUGCUUGAGCAAUGUAGCAAGCCAAAAGCUCUUUUGCAGGUAUAUAUUCUUGUUUGGCUUUAAUUUUUCUUCUCUGAUUUGUGGAUGUUGUGCAUGAUUGGAGGUCUCUGGGAAUCCCUGCACUAUAAAACUGGAACUCAAAAGUAAUUUUACAGGGAACAAGAUUCCUCUUGUUUCAGCUCUUUUCAGAUGUGGGUGGGUACAGGCAGAGGAUUUGGGAGGUAGAAGGGUGGUGGAUGGGAGUCUCAAGGGUGGCGUGCAGGAUGGAUUCCUGAAGCAUGUGUAAAAAUAACUAAAGGCUCGGGUCUGCAAAUGUUGUAUUCUCGGUAUCUGAAACUCCUUUAGCAUAAGUGUAUGGUACAAUGGAGGUUGCUGCAAAGCAGUUCUCAAGGGCUUCCCCCCAAGCCUGGAUGUGUUUUCUGUAGAGGGGAGGCUGCAUGGGGAUUGUCUGUAUCCUGUUCAGCUAGUGUUUACAGAGGUGCAUUGAUGUGUGGGGAGAAGGUACUGAAUGCAAGCAAAACAAAAAGGGAGAGGGACCCACUACUGAAAGCUUUCAUCCUUACAUUGUCCCACACUAGCCCUUAAUAACUAAAAUGAGUCUGAUUUGCCUUUGGUCUUCCAGCUCCAAAACAUGUUUUGCCUGAAAAUUUUUGUUGGAUAUACUUCGCAUGUUUUGAUAAUGUGACUUACGAGAUAAACACUUCUACAGAGCUAUAUAUAAAUACAUCCAUGUGCAACCACCUGCAUACAUGUGCACACAUUACAUAUAGACUUAGAGAACUAUAUGGCACUACACACCUCCAUGCCUGUACGUGGCAGCAACCACAGUAAAGGAGGGGAGGUAGCUCAAAAUAGCAUGUACAGUCCUUUAUGGAGUUGUUAUUAAACAGAAUGUGGUCUUGCC